CUUCAAGUUCAUGACUCAUGGCGGUCCCAAUGCAGACCAUACCGUACAGUGGCAUACGGAGCCCUGCUUUCACAGCAUGGCGGCACUGAAAGUGGCCAUGCAACGAUGACAGGAGCUUCGCUGCCCGUCCUGGCAGCUGAAAGAAGACGAGGCAGGAAUUGUGAUGCCUCUUGAGAAGGCGUCUUGUCAUUGCCGUUAGCAUGGAGGGAGCUUUCCUGGAGCCCAUCCAUGCCUUUGGCUUUGGCGGCCCCCGCGGCCCUGGGCGGCCUUGCCAGCUGGGCUGCGUGUCGGAGGCCACAACAGUGUACGGAACUGGCAAGGUCCUUGCCUUUUACAGCGAAGAGAGGAGCCCCCCCCUCCAGUUCACCACUGGCAAUGCCAAUGUUGAGGCCAUCACUGCGGUGGUGGUGUCCCCAAAUGGGAAGCUGGUGGCGGCGUGUGAGAAGGUCAGGGGAGCAGGCCAGGUCACCAUCUAUGACUGCAGAAGCCACCAGAAAGUGAAGACGCUGCAGACCGCGUACAUGGGAGACUUCACUGCAUGCGCCUUCUCCCCCGAUGGCGAGUCGUUGGUGACAGUGGCCAACGAUGAGGCCGCCACGCUCACCUGCUGGAAUCUGCCAAAGAGCAAGGUGCUUGCCAGCGCCAGUGUGGGGAGUGACGUGGUCCGUGUCAGCUUCAACAAGAAGGAGCCAACCGAGCUGGCAACCACAGGCGCACGCGUAUUCAAGCUGUGGCGCUGGAAUGACAAGGGCCUCAAGGCCGUGUCUGUGGCGGGCAUGGCGCCCCCUCCGCGCUCUCUGGGGGGGACCCACCGCCAGUCCUCGGCUUGCUCCACCCCACGAAGCGCGACCAUGAUGCGCACCCCGGCCACCCAGAAAGUGUUGCCCGACUACACGGACCAUGCCUGGCUCGUAGACGGUACCCUCGCCGUGGCGAACCGUGACGGGGUGGUGUUCCUCAUAGCCGAGGGACAGGUCCAGCAGAGGCUGAAUCACAACGGCCCCAUCUAUUGUCUGGCGGCCACCGCACACGGCUUCCUGGCCGGGAGCGUGCUGGGCCGACUGCUGCUCUACAAAGCCCCAGCUAAUGACGUGGCUUCUGGAGAAUGGUCGAAGCAGGAGCUGCCAGCUGGCAGAGGCCAGGCCUCCCUGAGCUGCAUUGCGCUCGACCCGGCGGAGGCCAGCGCCAAGGUCGUCCUCGAGGGCGAGAGUGUGCUGUCGGUAAGCCUGACGGCCAUGGACGCGGAACAGGACUCGAGCAAGGUCUUCACGCCCAUGCUCACCGGCUUCCACUCGGGUGACGUGCUGGGCCUGGACGUGUGCCCCCGGCGCUGCCUGCUGGCCAGCGUGUCCGCGGACCAGAGCCUCCGCGUGUGGGACUACAAGAACUGGACCGCAGAGCUCGUGCACAUGCUGGAGGAGGAGCCGCGCGCGGUGGCGUUCAACCCGUGGGGGUACCAGCUGCUGGUGGCGCUGCCGCAGCGCGUGCUCGUCUACUACGUCCUCGUCAACAAGCUGCAGGUGACGGCGGAGCUGACGUUGCGCGACUGCAGCAAGCUCAAGUACAGCCCCAGCGGGCACCUCGCCGCGGCCGCCACCCCGCGCGAGCUCACCGUCUACUCCGCCCUCGACUGGACGCCGCUCGUCGCCUUCAAGGGCCACUCGAAGCCGGUGAGCAGCCUGUGCUGGUCGGCGGACAGCCUGUACCUGGUGUCGGCGGACGCGCACGGCACGGUGUACAGCUGGAGCAUGGAGCGGCUGGCGCGCGCGGAGGAGAGCGUCAUCAAGGGCUCCGACUACACCUGCGUCCUCUACAACCACGACCGCACCGCGCUCCUCGCCUGCGGCGCCAGCACGCCCCUGCGCGUCUUCGACACCGGCAAGCAGCUCGCCGCGGCAGAGGGCGGCCAGCCGGGCCCGGAGGCCCUGGCGCCGCAUGCGUCGUUGCGGCGGGAGGGCAGCUCCGUCCCUGCCAGCGCCAGCUUCGGCAGCCACUCCUCGGAGGCGCUGCAGCGCGCGGGGGGGGCGCUCUCGAGCCGCAACUUGGAGCGCGGCCGCGCGGGGCCGCCGGUGGCGGCGGUGUCGCCCAUCAUCCGCACCAACAUCGUGUCGGAGCACUUUGGCGGCCACUCUGCCACCGUCUGGAUGGCCGGCCUCUUCUCGCGGGCGCUCCUGGCGACCGGGGCGCGCAACGGGGCCCUCAGCCUGCGGCAGUACCCUCUCGCCUCCGACGGCUCGCGCGCGUCCCCCGAGCUGUUCCUGCACGGCGGCCCCCUUACGGGUCUGUGCUGCGUAGAGUCUGCCGGCCUGGUGUUCAGCGCGGGCGUGGACGGCAUCGUGUUUGUCGCGGCCGUGGCGGGCCACCGGGACGCGGCGCCCGACCAGGCCGCGCAGGCGACCGCCGCACCGAUGGUGGGCGGGGAGGAGGCGCCGACGGACGCGCUGGUGCUCGUGAAGAAAAGCACGCUACAAAAGGAAGAGCGCGAGAAAGAGGAGCUGCGGUGGAGCCUGCAGAAGCUGUCGGACGAGGCAGCGUACAAGCUGCACCGGGUGGAGCAGGACGCGGCGGCGCGGCUGCGCGAGCACGACGAGGUGGCGGAGCGCGCGGAGCUGGGCCUGCGGCAGACGGUGAAGGAGCACGAGAAGGCGGCCAUGGAGGCGGAGGAGCGGUACCAGACCACGCUCGCCGUGGAGCGCCAGCACAAGGAGGACGCCGUCAAGGAGGCCACGCAGCGCGGCGACAUCAAGCUGCUGCGCGAGGCGCGGCGGGCGGACGGGCUGGAGGCGGAGCUGGGCGUGCUGCGGCGCGAGCUGGAGAGCCGCGUGGCGGCCAAGCUGGCGGAGCACCAGGCCGCCACGGAGGGCGUGCUUGAGCAGCACCGCGCGUACGAGGCCAAGCUGCUGGCCGAGAUCGACAAGCUGCACCGCGAGGCGGCGUCCAAGCUGCGCAAGGCCGAGACGCAGCUGGUGGAGGAGUUCGAGAUCAACGAGGAGGAGCUGCACAACGUGAUGACGCGCGCGCGCACAGAGUACGAGACGCAGGUGCAGCGCACAUUCGAGGCGCGCGGGCAGGCCAUCUUUGAGCGCAACAAGGCCGCCGAGGCGGAGGGCCGCAAGAUCCGGCUCGAGCAGGAGGUGCGCGAGCGACAGGAGCAGGCGCGCAAGCUGGAGCUCGAGAACGCUGUGCUGCGGGACAAGAUUGGCGUGCUGGAGGCGCACCGGCGCGACACGGACCAGCUGCUGCUGGAGAAGGAGGACGAGAUCCUGCGCAUGCGCAAGACCAUCGGCGAGCACGAGGCGUACGCCAUGAUCCGGGACACCAAGAUCAGGAAGCUCGAAAGCACCGAGGAGCCGCUCAAGGCAGAGAACGCCGCGCAGAAACAGAAACUGGCGGAGGCAGAGGAGCGCGAGGCGGCGUUCGCGGCGGAGUUCUGGACGUGGCAAGAAGCGCAGCGCUUCCUGAAGGCCAAGGUGGCGGCGCAGGAGCGCGAGAUGGAGGCGCUGCGCGGCGCGGUGCACGCCAAGGAGCGGUACAUCGACCUGUUCACGGCGGACCUGUGCAAGGUGGUGCGCGACCAGGACAGCGCCGAGUGGCCGCGCUGCAUCAAGGCGCUCUACGCCGCCUACGUCGACGACAACCGCUCCGCCGCCGUCGCCGAGGCGCGCGUCGCCGACGACGAGAUCCUCCGCCAAAAGCGGUGCCUGGAGCGGUUCGUGAAGGUGCUCAAGGACGCGAUCGCGCGCACGGAGGAGAAGACGCGCGCGGACAUGGAGCGCAUCCGCGGCGAGAACGUGGUGCUGCUGGGCAACCUGGCGGACACCAGCCGCAAGGUGGCCACGCUGCAGGCGCUCCUGCGGCAGCAGCAGGCGCGCGUCGCGCACAGCCGCGCCAUUCAAAGGCAGCUCACUCAGAAAUUGCGCGACCUGGACCCGGCCGCCGCGCACGGCAGCCUGCGCGGCGGGCCGGUCGCCUGGGGGACUGGCGGAGGGGAUUUUGAUGACCCGGAGAGUGGAGAGGGCCUCGAGAAUGAAGAGAGUCUCGCGGAGCAAGGCGCAAGUGAGUGGGGCCAAUGGGCGGGGCGGGCCGACGCAAAGGCCCCCGGACGUACUUCUGAGCUGCAGAAGGCGUCCCCUGAGCAGGCACUCGCCGAGCUGGCGAACCCCCUGCCUCUGCCCCGCCUGCCGCACUUUGGCCCGGCUCCCGCCCGUGGAGCGCUCGCCGCCUCAGCAAGCGCCGGCCAAACGGACAAGGACCGCCAUAAACGCCCGACCGUUGCGCCGAGACGGUUGAUUUCCACACCCAGUGCGGGGCAGGAGGGUAUGAUCGUGCGGCCAACAACGGCCCUGGCAGCACCCGUGAGCCCCCCCGCGCUGGUCGACUGGCGGCCCGGCACGGCCGUGACGCAGGGUCGGCCGCUGGAGACGUCCCUUUCAGAAUCGAAUCUGGCUCCCGCGAAGGUUUUGGCUGGCCGGUCCACCAGGCUCGGGCAAUCACCUUCUUUUGGUCGACUUGCAAAGGGGCUCGCCUUGGUGCAACCAGGCCUGGCGUCAGCCGUCAGUCAAGGUGACGUUGGCAGUAGCAGAAGAGGGGACGGGGAGCAAAGCGAGCGAAGCCAUGCGUUCCGUAGAGCCACUUCCCUACGACGAAAGUCCUUACAAACUACGGACAAGGCGAAUGCGGAGUUGGAGGUGCAAAACGCCACGUCGAUGAGAAGAUUGCCGUCUUCCAGGCAGUCAACAGAAAGCACUGAAAUUGAGGUGCAAGAGGCAACGUCGAUGACGAAAUCGACGUCUUCCAGGCAGUCCGUAGAGAGCACCGAUAAUUAUUGACAUAAAAGGGUUCCGGGAAGAAAGGUGCGCUACGAAACGAAUCAUCCUUCCAGAUAACUGUAACGGUCUGAUAGAUCACUGCAGCGCGCGUAAUAUAUACUCACAGAGGGCCGGCCACAGGUUGUGGUCACGGGAUAGAAGUAGAAUACUUCCACGCAGUGUAUAAUCAUAAGCUAGUGAACCUAAGAAUCUGGCAGCCGAGGGACUUCCAUGCAUCUAUUUGUUUUGAAUGGUAGAUCCUGUACUGCUUGGAGGCAUCCAGUGCAACUACCUUGGUCCCAAGUGACGUGCGGUGCUGCUCAAUCUCUUCGCAGACCUGAUAUGUUGCUUGAGCCGAUUGAGCCUCUGAGACUCAACUGGUGCCAAAGUUAGAUUUAACCUAGUACUUGACUCAACUCUCAAGACUGACGGCUUCUGAUCCUGUCUGUAAGAGCCGUUUCGCCCGAUAUCGUACAAGUUGAUUGUGCGUGACCCUAACAUGUGCCGAAGUGCACACGUAAAGAUGCAUCCG